AUGUCCUCUGCAUUCCCCAAGAGCCACCUCCAGCGCCGCAGGACCGAGAGCUGCAUCGCCACUGGAGGAGGCCCCGGGGCCAGGAGUAAGGGCUCCCCAGCCGCCCUGCCUCACGCCAGCCGCAAACUGCACGUCCUGGAGCAGCUGAUCUCUCCAGUGGCCUUUACAUCCAACAGCAGCCUGGACCCUUGUGCAAAAGAGACUGUGCUGAAUGCCAUCAAGGAGAGUAGGAAGAGGACUGUGGAGGAGGAGGAGGAGGACCAGGCUUUUGGGAAUGAUCAGGAGAGCAAGAGAAGGCGCCAUGACAGCAGUGGAAGUGGACAGUCAGCAUUUGAGCCGCUGGUAGCCAAUGGUGCCCCUGCCUCUCUCAUACCCAAGCCUGGCUCUCUGAAGAGGGGCCUUGUUUCGCACUGCCUAGAUGACUGCUCAAACAAGAGGUCGCGCACCUCUUCCAUGAGCUCUGUGAACAACAUGUAUGCUGGUGGGAUCCCCAGCUCCAUUCGCAACGCCAUCGCCAGCUCCUACAGCUCUAGCCGAGGCCUCUCACAGCUGUGGAAGACAAGCGGUGUGAGUGUGUCCCCGCUGUCCAGCCCAGCGUCCUCCCGCUCCCAAACACCAGAGUGGCCUCUCAAGAAAGCAAGGGAAGAGGAGUCUCUUCGCUCCAACGCUUCCACUCCAGUGAAAUCAGACAAGGAGCUUCAGACUGAAAAAGUGGUAGAGACGCCUGUGCGGAAGAAGCAGAAUUCCCUGAGCUCUCCAUCCGUGUCUGGAAGCAGCGGGAAACGCAAGCGAAAGAUCCAGUUGCUGUCAUCGCGACGGGGAGAUCAGCUCACCCUGCCCCCACCACCUCAGCUGGGUUAUUCCAUCACCUCGGAGGACCUGGAUGCGGAGAAGAAGGCAGCGUUGCAGUGGUUCAACAAAGUCUUGGAGGAUAAGGCUGAUCCAGCUCCCAGCACCACUGCGGAGACUGCCCCUCAAUCCAGACCACUGGCGUUCACAGUGACCUCCCCAGGGCCCACGCCUGUGUCAACAACUGCACCUGCCAGCACCAGUUCGCUCCUGGACAGCCUGAAGAAGAUGCAGAGCAGCCAGACUGCCCCUGUGCUGGCAGACUCUUCUGGAGCUGCGAUAGUGUCUCCGCCGUCUUCAUCAGCACCACAGCUGCCUGCUCCAGCUGUAUCACUAGAGUCAAGUUCGUUACCUGCGACUUCUGCCGACACCAAGCCUGUGCCCGUAUUAAGCAUAACUGCCCCUUCUGCCCCUCCUACCUCUGGGGCGCAGCCUGCCAGCAGCCUGGCAAAUCCUUCAUCCACAGAACUGGGCCCAACCCCCAGCAAACCUCCUUCCUUCCCAAAGCCAAGCAUCCUUUUUGGGAUGCCGAGCACCCCUCCAACCAGCCAGCCGGCAACGACGGCAGCUGCUGCUGUCCCCGCCACGACCCCUGUCUUCAAACCCAUCUUUGGAACUCCGCUGAAAAGUGAGAGCACAACACCCUGUACGACUGCUGUCUCUACUGCAGUUGUCGCGUCUGUGAGCUUGGGCCCUUCUUUGGCAUCUUCCACCACUACCAUGUUCAAGCCUAUCUUUGGCGGUGUGACAGCAGCUUCAUCUCCAGCAAAGGCCUCUCCUUUCGCAUUCAAGCCAACACCGCAGCCAGCCUCAGCUGCAGAUCUGCCAACAGCCUCCACGACUGCCCCGGCAGUAUUCACGGGCCUCCCUACUGUCAUCUUCACCACUGCAGCUACAACUGCUACCACACUGAGUUCCUCCACGGAUGCCACUACUAAACCUGUCUUCAGCUUUGGACUCAACCCUCCUGCCUCCACUGGCCCUACUACCAACCUGACUGUUACCACUGCCACUUCCACCAGUACAUCCCAGCCGUUCCUGUUUGGAGGCCCAAGCAGCUCGGCUCCCAGCACAGAAGGCAGCUUUGCCGCCUCGGGGCCUGUGUUCCAGUUUGGAAAGCUAGCUCCGGCUACAAUCCCUGCCACCACCAGUGUCCCAGGAGGCUCUAGCUUUGGCCAAGCACCUUCAAACUCGACUGCUCCCACCACUGCUGUGGGCUUUAGCAUUUUUGGAGGCACCGGCCUGACAUCUACCCCAGCAACCACAGGUCAGUCAACGCUGUCGUUUGGCUCCUCUGUUACAGCUUUUGGCAGUUCGUUCAGCGCAAGUGCGAAGCCACCGCCACCGUAUCCUGGCACAGCAAAUCAGUCAGCUUUCAGCACUGGUGCUGCGGAGAGCCAACCACCCGCCAGCAAACCCUCUGCGGGCCCUGUCAGCUUUGGCCCCCCUUUCAGUUUUGGAGCCCCGACAGCCCAGUCCACUGCUCAGCCAGCGUUUGGUAGCAAUGCUCAGCCGGCGUUUGGUGCAGCCAGCACCCAGGGCUCCUUUGGCACCAGCAGCACCCAGGCAGCGUUUGGAACUACCACGUCAGUCUUCUCUUUUGGGACUGUCACCUCCACCACGGCCAGCUUCGGUUCCAACACCCAGACCACAAACAGCAGCACUGGCACUGCUGUCUUCGGCACCACCCCCUCUCCUUUCACCUUCGGGGUAUCUGCCCAGUCAGGUCCCUCUGCCAGUGCCUUUGGGAUUGGCACACCUGCCCUUAACAGUGGCUCCCCUGCCGUAUCAUUCAACUUUGGGGCCGGGCAGAGUGGAGCAGCCGCUGCGGCAACGCCUUUCGGUUCUUCCCUGACGCAGAGCACGCUGGGUGCGCAGAAUCAGAGCACGCCGUUUGCCUUCACUGUGCCCAGCACUCCUGACAACAAACCUGUGUUUGGAGGAACUCCUGCUCCCACCUUUGGGCAAAGCACACCUGUCCCAGGAGCAGUGGGGGGCGGAAGCAGUAGCCUUUCCUUCGGGACACCCAGCACUCCUGCCUCGGGCUUUGGGGGAGUUGGUGCUUCCUUCGGUCCCUCGACCCCUGCGUUUUCCAUUGGGGCAGGAUCCAAGACCGGGGCUCGCCAGCGGCUGCAGGCGCGGAGACAGCACACCCGCAAAAAGUAACCUCUUGAGUUGUUGGGCCCCAGCUGCUGGCCUGCUGCGAAGAGCCCCUGCGCCAGCACGCAUGCAAGGGGCUCCAGUCUAAAGCAGUCCCUGUGGCAAGACCAGCGGUGGCGGGGCUCAGGCCCCCAUCUCCUAUGCCAGCAGGAGACUCUGCUGGGUAGCAGUGACUGGGGUGGGACAGGAUAAACCAAACCCUUUGUACUUGAACAGUUCCACAGCUGAGGCUGGAUGAACCUCUGUACAUAUCUGCAGCGUUUCUUCCCUCAUUUUAUUUUGCCAUGUUUCAUAAUAUGUAAAUUUUUCCCAUUGCUUCUUCUAGCUGUGCCUGUGCCCUCCUCCCCCAGUUCCCCUGACAUUGAGCCCCCUGCCCCACAACGUGGCAGGCAGCAGAGCUACAGGGUGCCAGCUGACGGGUGCAUCCCUGCUCAGAGCCUGGCUGGAGAUCUGCUCUCGUGGCAUGCUGCUGUCUCCCUGCAUCUCUGCUGCCCAGCCCUGCUGGGUGCAGUUCUCUGCCUAAUGCUGCUGUCCCAGUGCUACUGUGUGAUGCAGUCUUCACCAGGUCCAGAAAUCUUUCCCUGCUGUGUAAUCUCAUGACCUGGUGAACACUCUUUUUCUAGAGGGCUCUGCUCCAAGCUGGUAGUUGCCAUCUUUGCAGAACACUUGCCUGGAUUAAUGCCAGCGGCGCCCCCACAAGGGUAGGCAUAGUGUUUUGGUGCCAUAGGUGACUGACUGAUCCAGCUUCUGCAGCUGGGUAAAGAUCCUAUUAUCAUACCGUGAAUCUCCCAUCAAACCUCCAGCUUAGGUCUCGCACGCACGGGAUAAUGACUGUGCUAUAGUGUCAGACCUCAGCUGGAGGAGUGCUUUGGGGAUGAGCUGUGCUCAGAGCUGCAAGAAGUGUUCUCCCCCCUGCAGGGCCAGGCUCCUUCCAGUGAAGGAGCCCUGGCCCUUGCUGCUCUCUGCCAUCCAUGAGGCUUUGAGCUGACCCUGAUCUGCUCUGUGUAAAGCAUUGUCUGUUUUGCUUUGUUUGUGCUCCUGUUGAUGCACUCAUUGAAUCGAGUUUGGAGGAAGAAUUGAACUGUGUGCGUGGCGGCAUGUUGGUUAUGCCGGAUUUGCUGUUUGGAGUUUUUUGGGGCAUCUGUUCCCUCAUGGGAGGGUGUGCCCUGGCUAAUUGGGUGUUGACAGUAGCAUCACUGCGUGGCUACUAUUGCUGGGUGAGUUCUGUCCCUUUGUCAUUGUGACUGAAAGAAAGGCAGCCGGGGUGGAGGGAACGGGCCCUGGGCAUGGGGACUGCAGCCUUGGCAGUCUCUCUUCUACUUGUUCUCCCUUCCUGCUCUUCUCUCUCCUAAGCUGGGCCAGGAUCGAGUGCCCGUUAGCCACUUUGUGGUCCUCUGGAGCCACUAAUGGAAGGAGUCCAGAGAGGAGGAUGGGUUUACCCAGUUCCCCUCCUUGGUUUUCACUUCUAGCUCGUCCCUAUCCUUUUGUUUUUUACCAGCUCGUAAGAGCUGUGGUGCUGUGUCCAAAGCCCCUGUUUCCAUCCAGCCAGAAGGGUGGCUGUUUCUGUAUCUGGGAACUUCUGUGGGAAGAGACUGCCAGGUUCAGGUCCCCCCCCAGUAACUGAGAGCUGGUCUCAGCCCCUGCGUGGCCUCCCCUUCUCUCUGCCCUGGGGAGAGGGACCAGCGCUCCUGCCCCACGGUCUCCCUACCACUUCCAGGAGUGCUUUGCUGCCGGGUUUUUUUUACUCUCCGAGCCGUGUGAGUGCGUGUGUCUGCCGAAGUCUAAAUUAAAAAAAAAUAUUUAAACAUUUUUUAACAAAAUAAAAAUUUAUUUUUAUAUUUAAGCUAAAUUGCCUUUGAAUUCCUUCAAGCUUGGUUCAUUGAGGUUGCCGCACCCCGCAGCACUGGUGGUAGAGUUUAGCUGUGCGGUUGCAGUCUGGUGAGGAGCUGGCGUAUGGGCCUGGGCGCUCACCUCUGUCCACUCACACCAGAGGUGACUAGCUGCAUCAGGGAAAGGCAGCUGUGUCCCAUGGGCUGGCUGGUCAGGGCUGGAGCACCGCAGGUGUGUGCUCUGUGACCAUGUUCUCCUCCCAGGCUGUAACAAAAUGUCCUUAUUUUAAAAUGUGAUAUAUGUGGAUGUAACUAAACCUCUCUCUCCCUUUCUCUCUCUCUCACUCUCUCUCCCCUUUGUUUUUCUUUUUUUUCCUCCCCUCCUCUUUUUAAAAUUUCCUUGAGGGUGAGGAGCAGGAGCUCUUACACGUUACAGUGGCGAGUGUGAUUUUUCUCCUCUACCAGGAGCAACAUACCUCUCCCAGCAGGCAGAGGGAAGGCAGGCAGGGUCAACAAGCUGUGAGUGGUGCCGGGGGGGAGGGGGUGGCAGCCCCUUUUAGCAUGUGGGGUAUAGGGCAUGCAAGCUGGCACCUUCCCCCUUCUAAGGGCUCACAGCUGCCUGGCACUGGCAUGGAUUUUCCUAGCCUUCCUGUACCAAAAUGGGGGG